UUAGGUCACCAUAGCAAAAUACCACAAGUUGAGUGGCUUAGAUGAUAAAAAUGUAUUUUCUCAUAGUUCUGGAAGCUAGAAAUCGAAGAUCAAGAUGCUGACAAAUUGGGUUCCUGGUGACAGCCUUUUCCUAGCUUGUAGAUGGCCACCUUCUUGCUGUGCCCUCACUUGGUCUUGACCGAUUUGACUUUAAUUACAUCUCUAAAGGCAAAUACCAUCACACUGGGGGUUAGGGCUUCAGCCUCUGAAUUUGGGGUGGGGAACACAAUUCAGUCCAUAACACACCUCCCCUUCCUGCACAGUUUCUCCUGUUAUUAACAUCUUGUAUUAGAGUGGUACAUUUGUUACAACUGAGGAGUCAAAAUCAAUAGAUUACUAUUAACUGAAGCUCAUCGUUUAUAUUAGGGUUCAUUCUGCAUUAUACAUUCUCUGGCUUUUGACAAAUGCAUAAUGAUGUGUAUCCACCACUACAGUUUCAGACAAAAUAGUUUCACCACUGUAAAAAUGUCCUGGGCUCCACCUUUUCAACCGCCUCCCCCUGAAUCCUUGGAAACCACUCAUCUUUUUAACUGUCUCUAUAGUUUUGCCUUUUUCAGAAUGUCAUAUAGUUGGAAUGUAGCUGCUUCAGAUGGGCUUCUUUCACUUAACAAUACGCGCAUAAAGUGUCUUUGUGUGUGUGUGUGUGCAUGUGUAGCUCAAUAGCUCUUUUUUUAAAAUCACUGAAUAAUAUUCCAUUGUGUACAUUACUACAGCUUGAUUAUCCAUUCCUCAACUGAAGGACAUCCUAGUUCCUUCCAAUUUGGGGCAAUUAUGAAUAAAGCUGCUGUAAAUAUUCAUGCUCAGGUUUUUGUGUGGAUGUGUUUUCAACUCAUUUGGGUAAAUACUCAGGAGCAUGAUUACUGGAUUAUAUGGUAAGCCUAUUCUAGCUUUAUAAAAAAUUGCCAAUCUUCUUUCAAAAAAAUUUUCCAACCUCUUCCAAAUUACUGGUAUAAUUUUGCAUUCCCACCAUCAGUAAAUGAGAGUUCCUCUUGCCUUACAUGCUCUCCAGCAUUUGGGGUUGUCAGUGUUUUGGAUUUUAGCCAUUCUAAUAAUUACGUAGUGUUGUUUUAAUUUACAAUUCCCUAAACAUAAUGUGUUGGGCAUAUUUUCACAUGCUCAUUUGUCAUCUGUAUGUGUUCUUAGGUGAGAUCAAUUGUUUUUAACUUUUUAAAUACUGUAGGAUGGCAGGUCCACCCCUAUCCUACCACUCACCACAAGUAGAUAAGACACCUCCCUCCAGGCAAGCUCUUGCUCACUGAGCUGCACACACAGAGGGCAGGUUCUGAAAAGAAGGAAUCAGCAACACUGAAAUCUCCAGAACAAAGGCUCUAAUUAAGGUGCUUUUCUGACCUCAUCCUCCUUCCUUGAUGGAUUAUACACUGGAGCCCAAUGUGACAAAGAUAACAGACUACUACUAUCCUGAUAUCAUCUCAAGCCCCUGUGAUGGGGAACUUAUCCAAAGAGACAGCAAGUUGCUUCUUGCCGUCUUUUACUGUGUCUUAUUUGUAUUCGGUCUUCUGGGAAACAGCCUGGUCAUCCUGGUCCUUGUUGCCUGCAAGAAGCUGCGGAGCAUCACUGACAUAUACCUCUUGAACCUGGCCUUGUCUGACCUGCUUUUUGUCUUCUCCUUCCCCUUCCAGACCCACUAUCAGCUAGACCAGUGGGUGUUUGGGACUGUAAUGUGCAAGGUGGUCUCUGGUUUUUAUUAUAUUGGCUUCUUCAGCAGCAUGUUCUUUAUCACCCUCAUGAGUGUGGACAGGUACCUGGCAAUCGUCCAUGCUGUCUAUGCCAUGAAAGUGAGGACAGCCAGAAUGGGGACAGCCCUGAGUCUGGCUGUGUGGCUGAUUGCCAUCAUGGCUACCAGCCCAUUACUAGUAUUGUACCAGGUGGCCUCUGAAGAUGGCAUUCUACAGUGCUAUUCAUCUUACAAUCAACAGACUCUGAAGUGGAAGAUCUUCAUUCACUUUGAAAUGAAUAUCUUAGGUCUGUUGAUCCCAUUCACCAUCCUUAUGUUCUGCUACAUUAGCAUCCUGCACCAGCUGAAGAGUUGCCAAAACCACAACAAAACCAAGGCCAUCAAGUUAGUACUCAUUGUGGUGAUUGCAUCUUUACUCUUCUGGGUCCCAUUCAAUGUAGUCCUCUUCCUCACUUCCCUGUUCAACAUGAACAUCUUGGAUGGAUGUGUCCUGAGCCAGCGGCUGAUUUAUGCCACCCAUGUCACAGAAACCAUUUCCUUCACUCACUGCUGUGUGAACCCUGUGAUCUAUGCUUUCAUGGGUGAGAAGUUCAAGAAACACCUCUCAGAAAUAUUUCGGAAGAGUUGCAAUCACAUCCUCUUCUACAUAGGAGGACAGAUCCCAAAGGAAGGCUUGGAGAGGUCCCACUCCUCCUGUCAACACCCCUCCCGUUUCUCCACCACAGACUACAUUUUGUGAGUGGGUGCCUGGAAGCAGCUCUUCAUUUAGGGGGACAAAUGAUUUACACUGGAGUCUGAGGCUACAUGAAGGGAUACUUUUAGAAAUGUGGUUACAGACA